GCGCUCCUGCGGCAGCGGCCGUGCUCUUCCCGGCGGCCCAGCGCGCUCCGGCAGCGGACCCCGGGCUUCGCAAAUGGCUUGUCCCGCGCUCGAUCUGGAAGCUCUUCAGCCCCUGCAGCCCGAGCCGCCCCCCGAGCCCGCCUUCUCCGAGGCGCAGAAGUGGAUCGAGCAAGUAACUGGCAGAAGUUUUGGUGAUAAGGAUUUUCGGACAGGAUUAGAAAAUGGAAUCCUUCUUUGUGAGUUGCUGAAUGCUAUAAAGCCAGGACUUGUUAGAAAGAUCAAUAGAUUGCCUACCCCCAUUGCAGGAUUGGACAAUAUCAUCUUAUUCUUGAGAGGUUGCAAAGAACUCGGCCUUAAAGAAUCUCAACUCUUCGACCCAAGUGACCUCCAGGAUACCUCCAACAGAGGCCCAGUCAAGAGCCUUGAUUAUAGUAGGAAGCUGAAAAAUGUUUUAGUUACCAUUUACUGGCUGGGAAAAGCCGCAAACAGCUGUACUUCCUAUAAUGGAACCACACUCAACCUGAAGGAGUUUGAAGGAUUGUUGGCUCAGAUGCGAAAGGAGACUGAUGACAUUGAGAGCCCUAAACGCAGCAUCCGAGACAGUGGCUACAUCGACUGCUGGGAUUCAGAGCGCAGCGACUCCCUCUCCCCGCCUCGCCACGGCAGAGAUGAUUCCUUCGACAGCCUGGACUCAUUCGGCUCCCGCUCCCGGCAGACCCCUUCUCCAGAUGUAGUGCUCAGGGGAAGCAGUGAUGGGAGAGGAAGCGACUCCGAAUCCGACUUGCCUCAUCGGAAGCUGCCAGAUGUAAGGAAGGAUGAUAUGUCUGCACGACGGACUUCCCACGGUGAGCCGAAAUCAGCAGUGCCUUUCAACCAGUACCUCCCAAACAAGAGCAACCAGACAGCCUAUGUCCCUGCCCCUCUGAGAAGGAAGAAGGCAGAGCGAGAGGAGUACCGGAAGAGCUGGAGUACUGCCACUUCCCCCCUGGGUGGGGAGAGGCCCUUCAGCUAUCCUGAAACCAUAGAGGAGGAGGGAAGUGAAGUGGGGUCUCCUACUGAAGAAGACCCCGUGGGCCCGAUGGGCCCGGCUGGUGGGUUAGAACCAAGCCACUGCAGCGGGGAGGAGCAGCCUCCCCAAGAGGCGGCUGUGAUGGCUCCAGUUCCCAAGCUGGAUGACAAAGACAAGAUGGAACUCCAGAAGCGCAGGAGACUGGAGCAAGCUGGAAUCAAGGUCAUGCCUGCUGCCCAGCGCUUUGCCAGUCAAAACCAAUCAAGUGAAGAGAAAGAAGCUGUUUGUGAUAUUAUCCUUCGCAAGGAAAAUCCUUUCCUGACCCACCAACAUAGCCCAGAGUCAGAAGAUGAAGCUUCGAGCAGACUGCCUGACCUUGAAAAGGAUGACUUUGCUGCCAGGAGAGCCAGGAUGAACCAAAGCAAGCCAAUGGUGCCUUUACAUCAACUCCUCUAUGGGCCUUAUCGAAAAAAAGAUGCUGAGAAAUCAGAUGGCAGCAAACAACUGUCAAAGGGAAUCCCAGACAAGAAAAGUCUAGAAUAUAAAAGAAACCAAGGCCAAAAGGAAGAGGUGAAGGAUACGGUGACUUGUGUGAUCCGAGCUCAGGAGAGUGACGUCAUGGCAGAGGGGACCAGGAAGAUGCCAGACCUUCACAAGGAUGACCUGGCCCAGCGGAGAAUCCAGGGCAGCUGGGGCCCUCACCGCGAGGCUCCGAGCUUCAUUGCCCUCUCCCCCAUUACGGAAGCUGAUUUGCAGACCUGGGAGAGACUGCAGGUGUCAGGAGGCACAAGGGACGGAGAUGCGCAGCACACCUGUGCAGCCCCCGAGCCAUCCCCAGAAAUCAAUGCAGAAACGGCCAUCCGAGAUGAUUUUGCCAGCCGCAAAGCCAGGGCCUAUAAGAAAGCGUCCAGCCCUAAGCAGAAGUUUGUGCACUUUGGGCCAGUGACAGAGAUAGAUCAGCAGAAAUGGAAGCGACUCAGCAUUGGCAAGGCUGGACCUAGGGAGGAUGUAGUGGUCGAGCGUGACAGCGAGAUGCCAGCUUCUUCUUCUGGGUCCCCUUGCUCAGCGGCUACUUCCAGAAUAAAGGAAGAGCGAGUGUUUAGCUCGCAAAAUGACUGCAGGAUAGUGAAUUCUGGCACCAACGACUAUGGCAAAAGAGUCUUGUGGCUGGCUCCUGUGCCAGAGUCUCCAGACGAGCAGGUCAGCCCAAAGUGGGCAGAGGAAGUUACAUCCAAACAUCUGCCACAGGAUGGCAAAGAAGAAGAUGAAGGAGUUGCUCAAAAAGAUCCUGAGAUGGCAUCACCAGUAGGAAUUUCGUCGGAGGAGUGCUGCCAGCCACUAGUUUGUCCUCCAGCCUCUCAAUGGGAGACUUCAGGGACAGAAGAAAAGCCAGAGAAGAUGACACCUCCUGCCUGGCGUGGCAGUAGGCCAAAUGGUCAAAGAUUGUUGACUGAGGCACAAAAGGAUGAAGUGAGGACCAGGAGAGCUGGGCUGUCCCCUGGAUAGACUGGAUCCCAACCAAACCUGGUGCAUUCGCCCAGGAGUGCACAGGAAUGCACCAAGGGUUCACUCCUGGCUAGUCAGUGAUCAGAAGGCUAUCCUGGCAAGGAUUACAGAUACGGUCCGAGAACUCCUGUGUCAGAUGACGCAGAGAGCACCAGUAUGUUUGAUGUGCGGUGUGAGGAGGAGGCUGCUGCGGUGCUACCGCACAGCAGGGCUCGCCAGGAGCAGCUGCAGCUGAUUAAUACCCAGCUGAGAGAGGAAGAUGACAAAUGGCAAGAUGACCUGGCUCGUUGGAAGAGCCGUCGAAGAAGUGCUUCCCAAGACUUAAUCAAGAAAGAGGAAGAAAGAAAAAAGAUGGAGAAGUUAUUGGCUGGAGACUAUGGGACAAGUGAACGGAGAAAAAGCAUCAAGACCUACAAAGAAAUCGUUCAAGAAAAAGAGCGGAGAGAGCGAGAGCUGCACGAGGCCUAUAAGAACGCCAGGUCUCAGGAGGAGGCCCAGGGGAUCCUCCAGCAGUACAUCGAGAGGUUCACCAUCAGCGAGGCUGUCCUCGAACGCUUGGAAAUGCCAAAAAUCCUGGAAAGAAGCCAUUCCACAGAGCCAAACUUAUCCUCCUUCCUGAACGACCCCAGCCCCAUGAAAUACCUGCGGCAACAGUCCCUGCCUCCCCCCAAGUUCACUGCCACGGUGGAAACCACCAUUGCGCGUGCCAGUGUUCCUGACACCAACACGGCAGCAGGCAGUGGAUCUCCAAGCAAAGUGGUCACGCCCAAAGCAGUGCCCAUGCUGACGCCCAAGCCUUACUCGCAGCCCAGAAACUCCCAAGAGGUUCUGAAGACCUUCAAGGUAGAUGCAAAAGUCAGCAUGAAUGGAGAGACGGCCCAUGGAGAAGAGGAGGACAAAGACAAAGAGGAUCUCACAGUGGCAGCCGUCCCCUCCUUAACCAAGUCCCAGAUGUUUGAAGGGGUGGCCACUGUGCUUGGCUCCCCCCUAGAGGUGAAACAAGACAACUACAGCAUCGAGAUCAACAUCAAGAAGCCAAAUUCUCCGCAGGACCUGACAGAGAUGGCGGAGGAAACCAAACUGAACAACCAAGAGGAUAAGAAUGAUGGAGGAAACCCAGGAAAAGAGAACACAGAGCUGGACACAGCAGAGCCACAGCACUUUACGACAACUGUGACUCGAUGCAGCCCAACAGUGGCCUUUGUGGAGUUUUCCUCCAGCCCCCAGCUGAAAAAUGAUGUGCCAGAAGAAGAAAAAGACCAGAGAAAGCUAGAAAGUGAAAUGGGUGGAAAAGUAGAGCUGGUGCUGUCACAAAAGGUGGUAAAGCCAAAAUCUCCAGAACCAGAAGCAACCUUGACCUUUCCAUAUCUGGAUAAAAUGCCCGAAUCCAACCAACUACAUUUGCCAAAUCUGAAUUCACAAGUGGAUUCUCCAAGCAGUGAAAAGUCACCUGUAACUACACCUUUUAAGUUCUGGGCAUGGGACCCGGAAGAAGAGCGCAGACGACAGGAAAAAUGGCAACAGGAACAGGAACGUUUGCUCCAGGAGAGAUACCAGAAGGAGCAGGACAAGCUGAAGGAAGAGUGGGAGAAAGCCCAAAAGGAGGUGGAAGAGGAAGAGCGCAGAUACUAUGAGGAGGAGCGUAAGAUAAUUGAAGACACCGUGGUUCCAUUUACUAUAUCUUCAAGUUCUGCAGACCAGCUGUCUACAUCUUCCUCUGUAACUGAAGGUGGUGGGACAAUGAACAAGAUGGACUUGGAAAACUGUCAAGAAGAAGAAAAAGAGAGAAGUCAGAAGAAAGCCUUCCAGGGAGCUGACAAUGACAUAUUGCUCAAGACCGAGGAGAGCGGUGCCCUGCAGGAGGAGGGCAGCCUGACUCCAGGGGCCCUGGCUCACUCUGCAAACCCCAUGUCAAAAGGAGUCCAUGAAGACCUGGAUGCGGAGGCCGGGACCCCACCCUGGGGGAUGAACCCACAGCUAGCUCAGGGUAAGAGUGAGAAGAGGAUAUCAAGCCCACCAAUGCACAUGUCAGAAGAUGUGAAACCAAAAACCCUCCCUCUGGAUAAAAGCAUUAACCAUCAGGUUGAGUCUCCUGGUGAACGGCGGAAGAAAAGCCCUCGAGAACACUUCCAGGCUGGGCCUUUUUCCCCCUGUUGUCCUACCCCUCCCGGACAGUCACCAAACAGGUCAAUUAGUGGGAGGAAGCUGUGCUCUUCCUGUGGGCUGGCGUUAGGUAAAGGCGCCGCAAUGACCAUCGAGACCCUCAACCUCUAUUUUCACAUCCAGUGUUUCAGGUGUGGAAUUUGCAAAGGACAGCUUGGCGACGCAGUGAGUGGGAUGGAUGUGAGGAUUCGAAAUGGCCUUCUAAACUGCAAUGACUGCUACCUGCGGUCCAGAAGUGCUGGCCAACCUACAACAUUGUGACCUGGUUUUCAAGCUUUGGGACCACUGACCAUUUCUUUAUUGGAGUGGCCCCUGCCAACUGCUUAAGAAAGGCCCAAGUUCAGGGGCAUCUCAGCAUUCAUCUAACUUCGGAAAGGCUCCUCUACAAGAUGCUAUCUGUUCUUUGUAUCACAGUGUGCUUUUCCUGUGGGGUUUUUUGUUUGUUUGUUUUUUUUGUUUUGGGUUUUUUGUUGAUUUAUUUUUGCAGUUGCACAGUAUAUACAAAAGAAUAUGGAAUUGUAAUGAUCCCGAAUAGUUGAAAGGUGUUAGUAUGGUCAAACAGGCUCAUGGUUUCAAAUAUGUUAUUCUCUUCUUUGGGAAAUAGCUAAAGGAUGCAAUAAAAAAAACUGUUACUUUUUAGUACCUGUAGAAAAUAAAGACUUUAUGUUUACAGAAUUGAGCUGCAGAAAGUGCAAGCAUGCCAAUUUGAGACAUGUGGUCUUCUCAGACAGGGGUAUAAAAUGAAUGCAUUUCAGAAAAAAUUAAACAUCACACUAAGCUCUUGUCUCUGAGCUAUAACUUUGUUUUUAAUACAAAGGCAUUAGUCCUAUAAUAUAUACUGUAAUCAUCCUGAAAACAUUUGUGUUGCUUACCUUUUGAGGUAGAAGGUAUAUUCCAAUAAAUUAUUGCACUGUUAGUAUUAGAUUUUGUGAACCUUGGAAGUCAUGUCAUUAACAUAGGCUGGUCCAGCAAAUAAAGAUGAACCCUUGUAAUAUCAUAGACAAAUGCUCUGGGACAUUGCUCAAGGGUAGAAAGAAACCAGCAGGAAAUAUUUCAAUCAUCAUUUCAAAAUUUAUUAGCAAAUCUAGAAGGAAGUUUAAUCUCCAAGAGUGGUGGGUCAGUCAGUGAAAGGCACAAGGCCCAGGAUGCUUGCUUUCCUCCAAGCACUAGGUUAGGAAUCCAGUAAGGGGCUUAAUAGAUGUAUGGAAUAUGAGACAUGGAGAUAAGACCAUCAUGAGGAAUGACCAUUGUCUGCAAGUUCUCCUUGAAGACCUGAAGCCUGGGUAUCCAAAGACAAGAAUAAAGUCCAUCCUAACAGAAUCCAAAUGGCAGGAUGUGGAAAGCCCAGGAUCCAACAUGCACUCCGCAGGAACCUACAGCUUAGAGCGGGGCCCGGUCCACCAUCUUUACUCCAGAAUUUUGGACCUUGCUCUUGAAGUUGAGAAAGUCUAGUGGAGAUCUGGUGUGAUAAAUUUCAGUUGGACAAGAAAGGAAUUGAGUGACUACAAACCAUGAUAGUUUCCAUCUCCAGGCUGUUUUGUGUUGGGUUUUUGUUUUGUUUUGUUUUAAAGACUGGGAAAAGGGGAACUAUUUAUUCUGCCUUAAGAUGAUGGCAAAUAAGUGAAGAAGGUAUUUUGUGAAUGGAGACUAUGGAUACACUCCUAACAGACUAAUAUAGGCAUAAGAAGAGAUUGAGUAGAUGUGUUACUGUUGCGUAAGCAAUAAUUUUUUUCCCAUGUCCUACGGAGUAUGGCUAGCAACUAUUUAUUUCUAUGCUAGACGGUUCUUUGCAUGUGGGUUCCAUAUAGGUGCAGAAAUUUCCUCAGCUAUUGGGGGUAUUUUACACAACUACUUUGUUCAUUUGGAUGAACUUGUUGUUGGACUGAAAUUUACACAUCCUUUCAUUUAAAAAAUGUGCCUUAGAAAAUGCAAAGCUGUUGCACAUAUCGGUGAGUAUGGAUGCAGUACAUUGAACAAAAUUGCAGCCACCUCACCCCUUCUUCGUGGAGGUGUUUGCUGUUUUACAGGAAAAAAAAAAAAAAGAAAAAGCCGAAAAAAAAGGAAAAAUUAAAAAAGAAAAAGAACCAAGUUUUGAAAACUGUACAGAUUAAAAUAGGUCCAAUAUUUUGAUGAACCACCUGCAUGUUUUAUUAACUAUUUUGAUAAUGCGAUGUUUACACUUGGCAUGAUGAUUAGUAGCGUACUUUAACCAGAAACGAUGCACAAACACAGGUAGCCAGUCAGAAGGCAUUUUUCUAGGAUCCUUUUUACAUGUGGAACUCCAUCCGUUGUGGAAGGAGGCUAUGGACAGUGCAUAUCUCCUCUGGUUUCACAGAGCCAUUUGUACGCAUUUCUUAAGUGCAGACUCACUGUAUGUGUAUGGCAGCAAGCGUGAAGUCAGGAGAGAUUUAAAACAAACCAAAACAACAACAACAAAACAAACCAUCUCCAACUGCAGAACACACUUUCCCAUCAGGACCGAUACUCACCAGCACCGAAUCAUCCUCCGAUGUUUUCUAAAUUCUAAUUGCCAACUCUUUCUAUUUCUAUUCGAUUUCUAUUUCAUUUGGAGCCGGUUACGUGGCAGUUUCAGCAAACGGGAGCUUGUUUUUUCCAUCGCAGCACAAUGAGUAUGAUCUAUUUCUUUUCAAAUAAUCUUUGAGGUCCUGAGAAAGCUAAAAAACAUAUAUAUACUCAUCUCUGUUCAGCUCUAAUGUAAAUGUGUUUGUUUUAAAAAAAAACAGACAAGGCGAGAGAUUUAUUGUUCCUGAGGAAGUUUAUCUGAUUUUGUUUUUUUCAUACUCCAAAAGCUUGUCCUAUCUCUUUCCUAAGGGGAAAAAAAAUGGGUGAUUCUGUUUCUCACUAGCCAAUUUUCAUGACAUUUCAUCCUUCUUUCUAGGUAGUGUUAUUAAUGCGAUACCUAUUCUAGUUAUCUAUAUACGGUUUAAGAGUUAACGAACUGAAAGAUUCACUUCCUGUGUGUGGGUCCGUCCAAAAAGAUGUAACUAUUCUGGGUGGGCUAAUGUUCUAUAUCAGUUAAACUAACUUUCAUUUACAAUAUUUAUUCUAAAAUUCCUCUGAGAAAUAGUAAAAACAAUUAAAAAUAAAAAAGUUGUCUAAAAUGCAACAGCUUUUAUAGUAAAUGUACAUUUAUAAAUAAAAUACUCAAAUC